AUGCACGGUGUUCCGUCGCAUGUGUUGAUUUCUAAUGAGAUGUCUUAAGUGGUGGAGGGAAAAGACAGCCAGCCAGAUGGAUGGUGCUGCCCUGUAGAACAGCAUCUUCAGUCAUCAUGAAGGAUUUACUGGGACUCUUCUUCUUCUCUCUGUUUUUAAUGGCAGCCACCGAAACCUCAUUGAAGUGUGAGACGUGUAUCGCUGAGGGCACCACCUGCUCUGGAGAGAGACAGAUUUGUCAUGACAGCCAAGAUGCCUGCAUCAGCUCUGUGACUGAAUACACCAGAGGAAAGGUGACCACGGUCACCACCAUGAAGUCCUGCUCUACAAAGUCGGCCUGUGGUUUAUUAAAACCCGGGGUCAGAGGUUCAUCUGGAAGACUCGGGAAUUUUAUCAAAAAAAUUCAAUGUAGCAAAGCCACGGCCUCGUCCGGAUCCUUCCUCCUGGCUCUCUCUGGCUUCCUGCUCCAGAACUUACUCUUUUAAGGUGCUUCUCUGCUAGCGAUGGAGCCCUGAAGGAUGCUCUCUCUAGCUUCUGGGGAUUCUUCUCUAGAACCUGACAUCUUGGACUUCAGAGGAAAUUGUAAUCUCCUUUCCUGCUAUCCCUUACUCAUUUUGAUUUCCCCAAAAAGGGCAAAGAGAAUGUUUGGCCUUGGGUAUUUCUCCCCACCCCUAAGUAGGAACAUGCAUAGCAGCAGACUUUUUUUUAAAGGGGGGGGCUUCUUUCCCUCUCUCUUUCUCCUCUAUUUGGCCUGGUCUAUUCUGCCUUCGAUGAUUUAAAAACUUGGAUUGUGAAGUAGGGUAAGACAACCUCCAGCUUGUGGCAUUCCUGGAGAUUUGGGGUGGGGAGGAUGUCUGGGGAAGGAAUAAUUUGGGAAUUGGAGAGGGAGCUUGAAGAAGAUUUGAUGUCAUAGAGUCUACCCUCUGACGUUGCCAUUCCCCCCCCCCAGAGGAAUUGAUCUCUGUAAUAUGGACAACAACAACAACAACAGCCAAGUUUAUUAGCCAGAGACCAUCACAUUCUUGAAAUUAAUUCAAAAUUACAUGAUUGCACAUCAGAGAGACACA